AUGAGCAACUUUCCACCUUUCCCACCUACCCGGACUACCGGACGAUAUUCCCCGAGUCAACCGUAUGGCGAUACUUCACCGUAUUCCACUUCCCCACCUUCUCGCGAUGCACCUUCUUACCCCUAUGCACCGCCUCCCACCCUACCGACCCCCCCUUACAGACCGUACGACGCUUACACCCCCGAACCACGUCAAGCUUAUGCAUACGAACAACCCCGUCGUUCGUUUGAAUCUGGCGGGUAUGACCCUUAUUCUCCUGGGAGACCCUCCAUGCGUCUACCUCCUCCCCCUCCAACCCUCCUCCCACAGGUAAAAGCAGAUACCUACAUCCCAGCUCCUAUUCCUCCGCGACCAAUCUCACCACCACCGAAACGUGUUCCUCCCGUCGUCGAUCGUCGCAUGUUUCCCAAAGAAGGCGAGUCACACGAGUUGAAUCUCAUCACGCAACCUACCAUGAUCACCAUUGGCAGCUACACCACGGCUAUGUAUAUGCUCCCACCUAGUCAUCUGCCCAUCACCAAAUACGUCACUCUCAGUCGAGACGACGCGCUGGAUGUUCAUCGUCAGAUGUGCAUGCGUAAUCCCUCCGUCUGGUAUGCCGAUGGAGCCGCCCGUGCCGGUGAAGGAUGGUCAUCUGCCGUCGAAUGGAUCAUUGAAUCCUCCGCAUCUGGCAGUAAGAUGCGUGGUGCGCUUGAUGGUGACGACGCGCUCAAUGCGGAGAUUGGAGGUAUCUGCAAAGCGGCCGAAGGGUUCCAAGAAAAGCUUCACCAAAGCAUCAAAGAUUCGAAACCUAUCAACCACGAGUUGAUCGUCUUCAGCAGCUCGCAAGCGGCCAUUGUCGCUGUCGAUACCGGUUCCCGCUCCGAGUCCUUAAGGUUCGAACGCAUCUGGAGGGAGAUAUGCUCAGAGUUCUUACAAGCGAAGAUGACACUUGUUUGGCUUCCGAAGAAUCCUCAGUUGGAAGGUCAGGUCUUGGCCAGCAAGAUUGCUUUUGUCGCAGCUAGUAAUUCCUACCUGAAACGCAAGAAAGAAGGUCUUUUGCCGGAAGCUUUCCGUCGGGCAGGUGCAGGAGAGCCGGCUCCCGGUGGCAGUAGUGAAGCUGGACCUUGGCAGAGGGGAGACGCCGAUCCAUCGAGGAUCAAAUUACCUUUCGAAAGACCUAAACCAUUACUCAUAUCUCCCAUUCUCGCCCCGGUGUCGAAAUCGUCUCCGGUUACGAAUGGUCUCAAACUAGACAUUACCGAUCACGGUGGUCGCGACAGCAGGUCGUCUUCUGUCAAAGCGCCUCGACUAUCGUCUCCUGAAACGACCCUACCCGUCACAGAGACGGACGAGGAGGGUAUGCAGGUGAAAGAGGGAUCCGUCUUUGUGACCAGAUUCCCUAGUGAAGUGUCAGCGAAAGACCUCGGAAUACUGUUCUCCCAAUUUGGUAACAUCGUAGCAGUUGACAUUUACCAUGUUUCGGCCAAUCUUCCCAGAUUCGCAUAUGUUGCUUAUUCAGAAGAUGAAGCAGGACCUUCUGCCAUCAGUGCGCUUCACGAAAAUUCCGUCCAGCUCGAUACUGACUUCGGUCGCGCGAAUUAUGCCGACCUCGCUGUGUGGCGUAAUUGGUCCGGAAAUCUCGUGGUCGUCAAAGCCGAACCUCCCCGUUUAGUCCCCGCAAGCGUGGCGGAGAGCUUUCCCGACCUUCCCGAUUGGGUCAAGGGAGACAAGAACGGUGUUGCCGGGGCACAGACGGAAGGUCGUCAUGUGGAAGAGGUCCACAAGAUUGAGGACGUACAAAGGAAACGGUCUAGAGAGUUGGAAGAACCUGGACAGGUGGAACCUGCAUCCCCAGUUUCACGUGUCCGAUCACCAUCGCCCAAACGACCUCGUCAGAGCUCUGCGACUGAACCACAGGCUGAACAAGAAGUGUCAAUCAAAGUCGAGCCUAAGACCGACCUAACGACCUCUCCAAUCCUCCAUACUCCCGCGCAAUCAAGGGAUGAGCAGACGUACAGAGAGGAAGUCAAGCCUGAUCGACGCCCCACCCCUCCACCUACGUCGACAUUUGCCCUACCACCUCGUCCUGUCGAUCCGCAAGCCAUGAAUCGAUCUUUCCCCAUGCCUCCAACACCUAGUACGGCAGUGGUCGAACGAUCUAAUAAUGUGUCACAUUCUCCUCUUCCUCAUACUCCAGCCAGUAUCAACUCUCAACCUCCCCAGCCUCAAUCUCAAUCCUCGGCCCCUGUUCGGUCAUCCUCAGCAACACCAAGCGCGGGUCGAACUCCCAAUCUAUCUCAGACUCAAUCUCAAGUACACUCUCAGGGUUCAGCAUCCAACAAAUUACCACUCACCAACUCUGCGGCAGAACCCAUCGAUACUCCCGUUCAAAUCGGUACCCAGACUCUCCGUCUUUUACUUCACCUAGUCCGUGACGUCUUGCCGAAACAUGACCCAUCUAAUUGGAUUGCGCAUUCUUGUCUCGUAGCUACUGAAAUCGACACGGCUCGUCGAGGUCUUCAAAAAGAUUUGUAUGCGACAGAUGAGGCGUUCCUCUCUGGCAGAGAAUUCGAACGUGUCUUGGCUACAAGAGGUUUCACUCCCGCUCGUGUGGAUACAUUCAUCAAGAAAGUCCUUGGGGUAUUGGAUGGAAUAGCCAUGGCUGAAGAAGGUGAAAUAGAUGGGAAUGUCUUGAAUGAUGAUGUGGAGACAUUGGAGAAAGAACUGGAAGUGGAAUUGUCCAAGUAUUCCGAACAGACCAAAGAGGCUAUCAUGUCAGGUGGGAAAGUGAUGGAAUAUUUGAACAAGGGAAAGGAAUUGCAAGAGAAGAAAAGGUUGGAAAUUGAAAGAAGGGUAAAGGUUUUGGAAGGAAUGAGUAAAAUUGGAGACACAGUUUCUGCCGUGGUACGGUUCUUGUUGACUGAAGAUAAGUAA